AUGCGUGAAAUUGUGCUCAUCCAGGCAGGCCGAUGCGGCAAUCAGAUCGGCGCCAAGUUUUGGGAGGUCAUCAGUGAUGAACAUGGCAUUGACCCCACUGGCAGUUAUCAUGGAGAUAGUAACUUACAGCUGGAGAGAAUCAAUGUGUACUACAAUGAAGCAGCUGGCCAGAGUGGUGCAGGGAAUAACUGGGCCAAGGGCCACUACACAGAGGGAGCCGAGCUGAUGGACUCCGUGCUGGACAUGGUGAGGAAGGAGGCAGAGAGCUGUGACUGUCUCCAGGGCUUCCAGCUGACCCACUCACUGGGGGGUGGCACUGGAUCCGGCAUGGGCACCCUGCUCAUCAGCAAUAUCCGAGAGGAGUACCCAGACCGCAUCAUGAACACCUUCAGCGUCAUGCCUUCGCCCAAGGUGUCGGACACCGUGGUGGAGCCCUACAAUGCCACCCUCUCUGUCCACCAACUGGUAGAAAACACAGAUGAAACCUUCUGCAUCGACAACGAGGCCCUGUAUGACAUCCAUUUCCGCACCCUGAAACUGCCCACCCCCACUUAUGGGGACCUCAAUCACCUGGUGUCCGCCACCAUGAGCGGGGUCACCACGUGCCUGCGCUUCCCGGGCCAGCUGAACGCAGACCUGCGCAAACUGGCCGUGAACAUGGUGCCCUUUCCACGCCUGCACUUCUUCAUGCCCGGCUUCUCGCCCCUGACCAGCAGGGGCAGCAUGCAGUACCGCGCCCUGACGGUGCCCGAGCUCACCCAGCAGAUGUUUGACUCCAAGAACAUGAUGGCCGCGUGCGACCCCCGCCAGGGUCGCUACCUGGCCGUGGCUGCCAUCUUCCGAGGCCGCAUGUCCAUGAAGGAGGUGGACGAGCAGAUGUUCAACGUACAGAACAGGAACAGCAGCUACUUUGUGGAUUGGAUCCCCCACAACGUGAAGACGGCCAUGUGUGACAUCCCGCCGCGGGGCCUCAAGAUGUCAGCCACCUUCAUCGGCAACAACACGGCCAUCCAGGAGCUCUUCAAGCGCAUCUCUGAGCAGUUCACGGCUAUGUUCCGGCGCAAGGCCUUCCUGCACUGGUACACAGGGGAGGGCAUGGACGAGAUGGAGUUCACCCAGGCCGAGAGUAACCUGAAUGACCUCGUCUCCGAGUACCAGCAGUAUCAGGAGGCCACCACCGAGGAACUGGGAGAGUUUGAGGAGGAGGAGGAAGAGGAGGCAGCAGUUUAGGAACUUUUCAAUUUCCUUGGUAAAAUUCUUACCCUCCUCUGCGCCUUUCUGCUUGGAAACUUAAGCUCCUCAGGUGGGUCUGUCACAAGUUCACUGUUGAUGAGAAUGUGGAUCUCCCCUCAGUAUGACUGUAUUGUUUCUUCCACGAUCUAUACUAAUAAUUCAUGUGGUCCACACUCUCCACAUUUUUGU